AUGGAGACUUUACCUUUGGAAAUCUGUAUGAAGAUAUUCUGUUUCUUAGAUCACCACCAUCUUGCUGUUUCUCAACAAGUUUGUAGGAAAUGGAAGCUCAUGGCUUCAGACAAUGCUCUAUGGGCAAAGCUCUUUAAGGAGAGAUGGGGAGAAGGCCGUGCUACCUUUUAUGCUCCCAAUGGUUCAAAAUCGUGGAAAGAAGUAUACGAGGUGGAAGAUCGUUGUGAUCGAGUUGGACUGGGUUUGAAGAUUAUUAGAGAAGGAAGUGACUACUAUCUUGUUCACCAAGGUGAAGUUCAACGAUAUCUGGGAUCAAGAAAAAUUCCGCGGCAAGUAACUGAUCAUACUCUUAGUUCAGAAACGGACUUAACUGAAGAAAGUUCUCAAGCUGAAGAAAGAUCGUGCCGAGGAAUUUUGGACAAAAUUCUUUUUUUCAUUGGGGAUUUGGAAGCUGCUUCUGUUGAUGCCAAACGCAGCCGUGUCAUAUGA